AUGUUGAGAAGACAAGCAAGAGAAAGACGUGAGUACCUUUACAAAAAGGCUCAAGAGCUACAGGAAUCUCAGUUACAACACAAGAGGCAGAUUAUCAAAAAUGCAUUAGCACAGGGUAAACCACUACCGAAGGACAUAGCUGAUGAUGAACAGUUACAAAAGGAUUUCAGAUACGAUGAGAGCAAAGAUGCAGUUGAUAUUGACGAUGAAUAUGCAGCCACAAGUGGUAUAUCGGAUCCAAGGGUUGUAGUAACGACAUCACGUAGUCCAAGUGCACGAUUAUCUCAAUUUGCCAAAGAAAUUAAACUACUUUUCCCUACUAGUGUGAGGCUUAACAGAGGUAACUUUAUCGUUAAUAAUCUAGUUGAUGCUUGUAAUAAAAGUGGCACAAGUGAUUUGGUGCUUUUGCAUGAACAUAGAGGUGUGCCCACAUCGUUAACGAUAUCGCAUUUACCUCAUGGUCCAACAGCAUUCUUUACAUUGCAUAACGUUGUACUAAGGCAUGAUAUUCUCAAUAGGGGUAACCAAAGUGAAGUUAACCCCCAUUUAAUAUUCGAUAAUUUUACCACGCCAUUAGGACAUCGUGUGGAGACCAUUCUAAAGCAUCUUUUCCCACCGGAACCAAAGGAAGAUUCCCCAAGAGUCAUAACGUUUGCCAAUCGUGGUGACUUUAUUAGUGUUAGACAACACGUUUACGUAAGGACAAGAGAGGGUGUUGAACUAGCAGAGGUUGGACCUCGUUUUGAAAUGAGAUUAUUUGAAUUAAGAUUGGGUACUGUGGAGAAUAAAGACGCUGAUGUGGAAUGGCAAUUAAGAAGAUUUGUAAGAACCGCAAACAGAAAGGAUUACCUUUAG